UUGAUUCCGAUAAUCCCAGUCUAAAAUAAUAUACUAAAACAUGCGAGUGUAGGAAACCAUUAGAAUGGAACUGCGUAAAUACAUACAUGUAUAUGUAAACAUAUACAUUUAAAGGAAGAUGUAGGCGGAAAAUCCUCUCCCUACUUCUGACUCAAUAAGGUUUCAAAUCGCAAACAUGCAAAUUCAAUUAAGUUUCCGUUGAUUAAAUUAUCUUUAAUUUUAAAAAUGGAGUAUAGUUUUACGCGUGCUAUAGCAAAACCGUAAAUAUCUUGAGAAAUUAGAAUAUGAAAGUGGCAGUUCACACUCCCUUAAAUUAUUUAAAGAUCGAGAUUAUAAGCAUUUUAUGGAAACUCGCCAUGUUCCAUACAAGUACGACAUCUUACUACAGAAACUAGAAACAGUUCGCAAAUAUGGCGAGUCUUAAAGUUGUAAAAUUUUUCGAUGCUUGUAGUAGACAGCCUAAAGUUAAUUUCAUAAAUAUAAUAACACGAAAUGUGCAAGAUAGCAGUUGGGAACCUCCCAACAAAGUAACUCAUACUGGCCAGUUGUACGACAAAAAUGAUUACCGCAACGUAAGGUUCCUGAACAGACAGAAGGAAGUUAAUGACAACUGGGCUAUUAAAUUGAUAGCAGAAGUGCCCCCUGCAUCUGCGAAGGAUAGAAUUGUGGCUUGUGAUGGUGGUGGCGGACCUUUGGGACAUCCAAAAGUUUACAUUAAUUUGGAUAAACCUGGUAAUCAUACUUGUGGAUAUUGUGGACUAAGAUUUUACAAAGAAGAUCAUCAUUAAUCCAUGAUAUAGUGUAUAUAUAAGUAGUUAAAUAGUAACUUAUAUAAAUAUUUAAAGAAAUGUUAUAUAAUGGAAAUGUAAAAAAAUAUAG